AUGGACGCCUAAGUGCUUGUGAAACUGCUGGGUCGGUGGCGCGUCCUGACUCGCCCCGCGUUUCUCCCUCAUCGCCGCUGCCUUCACUCCCCUGCCUGCGAUGUCGAUUGUCUUGCUGAUGCCAACUUCGUCUCUUCGAUGAGACGAAACAUCAAGGAGCGCUGUGUUGCGGUCAAUCUUGAUGAGAUGGUUAGUGUUUCCAAUAGAGUCGAUCCUGCGAUGCACACUUUGUCCACCUUCGCGUUACUAAAAUUUAAAAACAUCAAAGAGCGCUGCGCUGCCGCCGAUAUUGAUGAGAUGCUUCUACUCUACGAUCGGUAUCGCGGUGGUGAUCACAGUCUCUUACCUCGCCUUCGGGAACUUUGCCUUUCUUUGCCGAAUUUUAGUCAUCCAAAUAGCCCUGUUGGGGACCCUUCGAAAACUCGUCUCCUUCGCCUGAAUGGCUCACCGAAACCCACUGCUUUCCCACCAAAAGACGCAGUCACCCUGCUGUCCAAUGAAAUUCUGCCGGAUCCUCGCAAGCGGCGACGCCUUCGGGGCCUGGGCCUUCUGCGUUGCCACGACAUGGUGCCUGGUUGCGGUCACCGAUCCUACAACUUUUAUGGCAGCCUUGCCCUGUUGGAGACGGCUCUGGUUACCUUCGCGCUGGAUCGCAUCACUGGCGCUGGAAUGCAGCAGCUUUCCGUGCCCGACAUUCUACCCGCGUCUGCAAUCGAAUCUUGUGGCUUUCCCACCACCGGCGAGAGGACUCAGAUAUUUAUUAUCGAUGACGGCGCCACGGGCUCUAAGCGAUUCUGCCUUUCUGGUACGGCAGAGAUGGCCAUUGCGACCUUCUGUGCCGGCAGAACUUUCAGUCCCAAAUCUCCGGCAGAGUACUUCUGCGCUGCUAGCCGUUGUUAUCGACACGAAGUCUCCAACCAGGAGUCCUUACUCUAUCGAACGCACCAAUUCACCAAGGCAAGAACCACCUUCCAUUCCUUUCCACAACUCUAA